GAGUUUUCGCUCACCUACAUAUCGGGCGUCGCCCCUUCAUGCUGCUGCCGCUUCUCAGGGGUUUCGGUCGCCGGUGAAGCCAGCAAGUUUACCCGUGCCAGAGAGAAAUAUGCUGGGCACAGGACCCAGGAGGGAGACCUGGCUUCGUAUUAUCGUAAUUCUGUCUAGAGGAAUUGAGGAAGAAAUGUGAAGCAGUACGAGGAGCGCCUAGCACAGCGUCAGGCACCUAAUUUUACAGAGAUGAUGAGAGCCUUGGGGUACCCCCGACAUAUCUCUAUGGAAAAUUUCCGCACACCAAAUUUUGGACUUGUGUCUGAAGUGCUUCUUUGGCUGGUGAAACGGUAUGAACCUCAGACGGACAUCCCUUCAGAUGUGGAGACUGAACAAGACCGAGUUUUUUUCAUCAAGGCUGUUGCCCAGUUCAUGGCCACCAAGGCACAUAUAAAACUGAAUACCAAGAAGCUUUAUCAGGCAGAUGGGUAUGCAGUGAAAGAACUUCUGAAGAUCACCUCUGUCCUUUAUAACGCCAUGAAGACCAAGGGCCUGGAGGGCUCGAAGAUCGGGGAAGAGGACAUCAGCAAAUUCAAGUUUGAUCUCGGCUCAAAGAUUGCAGACUUGAAAGCAGCCAGACAGCUUGCUUCUGAGAUCACGUCCAGGGGAGCCUCUCUGUACGACCUGCUGGGCAAGGAGGUGGAGCUGAGGGAACUGAGAACAGAAGCAAUUGCCAGACCUCUGGAAAUAAAUGAGACUGAAAAAGUGUUGAGAAUUGCCAUAAAAGACAUUCUGGCGCAGGUUCAGAAGAUGAAAGACCUGCUCAAUAACGUGGCCUCUGACGAAGCUAAUUUAGAAGCCAAAAUUGAGAAGAGGAAAUUAGAACUGGAAAGAAAUCGGAAGCGACUCCAGACUCUGCAGAGUGUCAGGCCAGCCUUUAUGGAUGAAUAUGAGAAGAUCGAGGAGGAGUUGCAAAAACAGUAUGAUGUUUAUCUAGAGAAAUUUCGAAAUCUGGCUUAUCUGGAACAGCAGCUUGAGGACCAUCAUAGGAUGGAGCAAGAGAGGUUUGAGGAAGCUGAGAACACACUGCGUCUAAUGCAGAACAAGCUGAAGGAGGAAGAGAAGCGUCUGCUCAAGAGCGGAAGUAAUGACGACUCGGACAUUGACAUCCAGGAGGAUGACGAAUCUGACAGCGAGCUGGAGGAGAGACGGCUGUCCAAGCCGCGGACGGCCAUGGAGGUGCUCAUGCAAGGAAGACCCAGCAAACGCAUCGUGGGCACCAUGCGGGGUGGAGACUCCGAUGACGAUACGGAAGCGGCACCAGCUCUCUUAGGUAAAUGGAAGACUUCCAGCUCCAAGAAGCAGGAGGACUCGGAGGACAGUGAGAUCGACGUGGAGGGUGAUGAGGAAGACGACGAUUUGGAAGACGAGAGCAUUGCUCUCUCGCCAGCGAAGCCCAGUCGAAGGGUCCGGAAGCCUGAGCCCCUGGACGAGAGCGACAACGACUUCUGACCUUUGUGCCAAGAGACCAGACAGAUCAAAACCGUCAGAUCUGUAGGUAAACGGGAAGUUAGGAGGUUAGGAAGGAAACCUGUUUUAUUCACUAAACCGGCUGGACUUGUUCAUGAAGCAACGCUUGGUUCUUCUUUAGCCUUCUCCGGGUUACCCCACAGAGCUUCAGCGGGACCCAAAGCAACCCCCGAGGAGGAUGGGAUUUUAUUUUCCCCUCUUUAUCUCUUGAAACUUGGGAAACACCUGUGUUCUUAGAGAUGCACCUCCACAGGACAGAAACCCACGAGAAAUAAGGUCAACACUGUUCAUCUUGGCGAUUGUUGUCAUGUGUGUCCACUAAGAGUUGGGGACGGGCCUGGGCACCAGGACUCCGCGUAGGGUUGGGGGGUGGGCAUCUGCCUCUUCCUCACCUGCACAAGCUAGAACAUUUACUGUACAUCAACGUUAACUCCAGCUUUUACUCCAUUGUAUGGUCUUGUUGUCUUCCGCAUGUUUGCAAUACCAAGCUUCAAAUGUGUUUUACUAAAAUUUCCUGAAUGACAGUUAGCCGAGGUGGAUGAAAACCCUCCUUCCUUCAAAACCAGGCAGCAGAGAUGCUCCAGAAUAUGAAUGCUCCAUUUUCUCUCAGAAGAUUAACAUUCCUUCUUAAGAAAGCAAUUGAAGGAAAGGUGUUGGUACACAUUCGUGUUUCUGAUUAAAAAAAUUAACCAAAAUUCCGUUAGGCUGAGUAGUGAAGUGAGGAGUGACAGACGGGGAGCUGCGGCGGAUUUCUGAUUCGGAAACAGAGCAGUUCUCAUACUUCUCAGUGAUGAAUUCAGAAGACUUCUGAAGUUCUUUAACUCUUAAUAAAUGUACUUAAUACCAUAUUUUUAUAUUAUUAAAUAAGUUUUAUUUGAAAGUA